AAUCAAUUAAUAUCUUUGCCCAAUUCCUCUACCACUAAAAUUUCAAAAACCUCUCCCUUCACCGGCGCCGGCGUAUUCACCGGAGCUCCGACAUGUCCCCUUUAUUUGCAAUUGUCUCUCUGAUCAUACUUAUAAUCAUACCUACUAUUGUAUACGCUUUCAUCUACGCUAUGAAACACCCGGAUAACGUUUUCCGGCGAAGCUCCGGCGAAAAUUCCGGUGAGUCGACCACCGGAAUUAUUACACAUCAUACGGAUAUGUUAUCGACUGUAAAGUAUGAAAAAAAAACUUCGCCGGAGAAGGAGGAAGAUUCCGGUAAUGAGUGUCCGGUGUGUUUGACGGCGUUUGUUGACGGAGAAGAAGUUAGACAAUUGAUGACGUGUAAACAUAUUUUUCAUUUUUCUUGUAUUGAUAAAUGGCUUUGUUCUAAAUCAAGUUGUCCUGUUUGCCGUGCUGCCGUUACCGUUAAACGGCCUAAACGGCAGGCGGUUAACUUCGAUGAUGAUUUCCGGCACGGUUUGCCGGAUGCUGCUGCGUUAGUUUGAUUGUUGUAAUGCAUUUUUACAUUUUGUUCG